UAAUCUACGAACGAGGAAGAACUCUCUCCUCUCUCUCACACGUGUGCGCAUUUCUGCAGCAGUUUUCAAUCACACGCAAGCAUCGCUUCAUUUUUUUAAAAAUAAAAGCAUCCCAUAAUUCACACAGCAAUGUCGAGGCGCAGCCAAAGAACCAAACCCGAACCGGUCCCGCCUCAGAUUUCGGAACCGCCGACGGGAGUCGAGCUGGACCCGGAGGCAACAGCGACCCGAACCAGGUCUGGCCGCCGCAGCCGGGUCCAGAUCACGCUGCCAGCCGCCUCGGAGGUACCAGAACCCGGGCGAACUCCCUCCGCCGCUACCAAAACCCGCAGCCGAAAAUCGGUUCGCGUUUUUGAGAUUAGGAGCGACCCCGGUGCGGAUCCGGAGCGGGAUGUUAUGGAUGAUAAAACCGAAGUGGCGUCGGAUUUAAACGAGCCGGUUCGGGCGGAGACGGCGGAAUCUACCGAGGACAAAACAAGGGAUGGGAUCGAGGUUCAAGUGAAGAAACCGCAAACGGAGCCUCAUGACUUAUCCGUGACGAAAGACGCGACUCCGACAAGCGAUGCUAAUGUUAUUAUUAAUAACGAGGCGAUUAAGCCGGCUCCCGAACCGACAGUGGAUAAAAACACGCGUGAUAUUAACGGUCCCGGAAAAUCCGUGGCGAGUGAGAAAGAGAACGUCAGCGGCGGUUCUUCAAAGAGAAUAAAGUUGGACGGGUGGACCGCUGACGGUAAACCCCCGACUGGAUCCGAACCGAACCGGCUGUUGGUUCCGUUAGGGAAACCCAAAUCUGGAAGAAUCUGGAAAGAGCGUCACAAAAAAAGGUUUUCGAACAUGGUGAACGAUAAGCCUCUGCGAACCUCCUGGGAGAAGAAAAUGAACGCCAAGAAGGAGAAGAAACUCACCAAGGAUUUAGCCAAUCAGCUGAAGGGAGACAAAGCCAAAGAGAAAGAGGACAAGAGAAAACGAAGGGAGGAGAAUCUCAAAAGAAAGGAGGAAAACGAAAGAAAGUCUGAAAUUGUGCAAGUGAUCCGAAACCCGGCCAAGAUGAAACGCAUGAAGAGGAAGCAGCUGCGACGGAUUGAGAAACGAGACACCCUCCUCCUCCUCCAGAAAAACAAGAACAAAGCGGAACCCAAGAGUGGCCGGCCCAGGGCUCCGGGGAAGGCUAAGACUGGUGCACCCGAGCACACCGAGUGACCCCCCCCACCCCCCCCCCCCCGGGGUGUUGCUAGGAGACGGAGGAAUCAUUCCGUUCCAGGGAGCUGUUUUUUCAGUUGGGCCGGCAACUCUCUCGUUCUCUCUGUCUGUCUGUGUGUCUCUCUGUUUCUUCUUUCUCUUUCUCUCUCUCCUGUUUCUUCUGUCUUCUCUCUGUGUCUGUCUGUCCUCUCUGUCUCUCUCUCUCUCUCUCUCUCUCUCUCUCUAUUUCUUCUCUCUGUUCUCUCUUCUCUGUUUCUUCUCUCUUCUGUCUCUCUCUCUCUCUCUCUAUUUCUUCUCUCUCUGUUCUCUCUUUCUCUCUUCUCUGUUUCUUCUCUCUUCUCUCUCUCUCUCUCUCUCUCUCUCUCUCUAUUUCUUCUCUCUCUGUUCUCUCUUUCUCUCUUCUCUGUUUCUUCUCUCUUCUCUCUCUCUCUCUCUCUCUCUCUCUCUCUAUUUCUUCUCUCUCUCUGUUCUCUCUGUUUCUUCUCUCUCUGUUUCUUCUCUCUUCUGUCUCUCUCUCUCUCUCUCUCUCCCCCUCUGAGACAGAGUGUAGGAUGUCUCUCUCAUUAUAUUCUUAACCACAGACACAGACGAGGACAGGUGAAGCCUUUCAUCGCACCAACUAACCCAUCCUACAUUACGAUAGCAACUUUCUAUUGAUUAGUCCGCCCAACUGAAAGGUGAGAGACGUCAUCUCCUGCAGCUGGGACGAGAGGGGAUGUGAAACUCGAUUCUCUGUCAUGCGUUCUAUUCAGAAGAACGUCCCGCAGAGACCUGACCGAUCCGUACCGCAGCCCGCCUUACAGCCGCGUGUCCGUCUGAAACGGGACUCAGUGACUCGGUCAGAUCUGUACGUGUUCCCUUACCUGUGAAAUAAAUAAAAAAACAACAGCG